GGGACAGAUAGACGGAGGCUAUCUGUACCAGAGCGCUUGGAGAAAUAACGAGCAGACUGAUACGCUUCACUAAGGCAUGAGAUUUGCGUAAGGCAGCAUCUUCAGGAGGAUUCUGCUCAAGUGCCACCUUUUGUUCUGAGAGAAGUUUUAUAAAGAAGUGGAUUGUGACAUAUCGAUUACUAUGGGCUCCAAAAAGCACCGUUCAAAGACUUCAGCGUCUUCACACAACCCGAGCUGCUGUCCAAUGGGACUUUCACUGUUGAUUCUUCUACCUUUGUCUGUUGCCUUCAACUUGGAUGUGGAGAACCCAGCGGUGUAUACCGGACCGAACGGUAGUUACUUCGGGUACUCGGUGGACUUUUACAUGACUGACUCAAGUGUGAGUAUUAUAGUUGGAGCACCCAAAGCCAACACCAGCCAGCCCAACAUCAGAGAAGGAGGAUCAGUCUUCUACUGUCCAUGGAGCCUCAGCCAAUCACAAUGCAGCAGCAUAGAGUUUGAUAGACAGGGAGAUCUAAAUGUAACCCUGAAUGAUUCAGUGCAUCAGGGAGAGUUCAAAUCCCAUCAGUGGUUUGGAGCAACAGUACGAGUGCAUGAAGAUAGUGUGCUGGCUUGCGCCCCCCUCUACUCAUGGAGAGCCAAGGAGGACACACCUCGUGCUGAUACUACCGGCUCAUGUUUUCUGUCCGUCAAAAACUUCACCAAGUUUGUGGAAUAUGCUCCGUGCCGCACAGAAUUCCAUGAAAGAAAAGGACAAGGCUACUGUCAAGGUGGAUUCAGUGCUGAUUUUACACAGGAAGGAAAGGUGGUGCUUGGAGGACCUGGCAGUUACUUCUGGCAAGGCCAAGUAAUCACUGCGGUUAAACAAGAAAUAGUCAAGGCCUAUUACCCAGGAUUCUUCUUGACAUCAGUGAAUGGCCAGAUUCAGACCAAACAGAAAAAAGAGAUCACAUUUGAUGACAACUACAUGGGUUACUCAGUGGCUGUGGGUGAGUUCAGUGGUGAUGAUGAUGAAGACUUUGUGACUGGAGUUCCCAGGGGAGUCAGACUGCAUGGACAGGUUUCCAUUCUCAAUGGUUCUCUGGAUACGCUGAAGACCUUAACUGGUGAGCAGAUGGGUUCCUACUAUGGCUAUGCAGUGGCUGCUACUGACAUAAACAAUGAUGGGAUGACGGACCUGCUAGUUGGGGCUCCCAUGUUCAUGGUUCGUGACUCUGAUGGGAGGUUGGAGGAGUUGGGUCGGGUCUACGUGUACAUGCAGAAUGGACCUCUGGAUCUCACACCUCAGCUACCUCACCUAACCGGCACGCAGAUGUUCGGCCGGUUUGGCAGCUCCAUUACCCCUCUCGGAGACCUCAACCAAGAUGGUUACAACGAUGUAGCCAUCAGUUGUCCGUUUGGUGGGGAAAACAAACAAGGACUGGUGCUCAUCUAUAACGGACAUGCUGGAGGACUCAGGGAAAAGCCCUCUCAGGUGAUCGCUGGCCAAUGGGCCUCUGGCACAACGUCAGCUCUACCUGCCAGCUUUGGUUACGCCCUUCGUGGAGGCAAAGAUCUGGAUAACAAUGGCUACCCAGAUCUUAUUGUUGGCGCAUUUGGUGCAGACGCUGCAGUUCUUUACAGGUCUCGUCCUAUUGUGAACACUAGUGCCACCUUGACUGUCAAUCCAACUAUGAUUAAUCCUGAGGAGAAAGUUUGCACCAUAAGCCGUGGGAACGAAAUCCUGCAUGUGUCCUGUGUCAACCUGAGCUUUUGCCUCUCAGCCAAUGGGAAGCACCUACCAAAUCAUCUCGAGUUUAACGUUGAAGUUCAGCUGGACCGUCUGAAGCAGCAGCAGAAAGGGGCCGCACAGAGAGCUCUGUUUUUAGACACCCAGCUUCCCGCUCUGCAGAGGACUCUGACUGUGCCAAAUGGAGCCAGAGUCUGCAGUGACACCAAGAUCUACUUGCAGGAUGAGAAGGACUUCAGGGAUAAGCUGUCACCUAUCUUCGUUGCGCUCAACUUCAGCCUGAACCCUCAAGCCGCGGCAGACAGAUACGGUCUGCGGCCCAUCCUCAACUACCAAACAGCAGAGCUCAUCGAACAGAAAGCCCAGAUUUUAUUGGACUGCGGAGAGGACAACAUCUGCGUCCCUGACCUGAAACUCUCUGUGCAUGGGGACAGGAAGGAAGUGUACAUGGGCGAUGACAACUCUCUGACACUGACUUUCAACGCAAAGAACGAUGGAGGUGGAGCGUACGAAGCCGAACUGUAUGUGGUCUUGCCACCAGAGGCCGACUACAGCGGAAUAGCCCGCAAUAACGAGAGCCUGGCCCAACUGACCUGCAGUUAUGAGACGGAAAAUCAGACCCGCUACCUCAGCUGUGACCUGGGGAACCCCAUGAAAUCAGGCACCAGCUUAUGGGCUGGACUGCGAUUCACAGUACCACGUCUCAAGGACACACACAAAUUUGUGCAGUUUGACCUUCAGAUAUGUAGUAAGAAUGAGAAUAACUCCCAGAGUGAAGUGGUUCCCUACAAGUUGGAGGUGGUGGUCCGGUCAGAUGUUAUUCUACAAGGUGUCUCCCGACCAGACAAGGUCUUCUUUCCUCCACCGAACUGGAAGUUGACCAAGAAUGUGAUGGUUGAACAGGAUGUCGGACCCUCCGUCCAGCACACUUACGAGUUGGUGAACAACGGGCCGAGCCGCAUCAGUCACACUCUACUGCAGCUCAAAUGCCCCAUGAGGCUUCAAAGUAACAGGUUCAUUUACCCGCUGGAGGUCACGACGGAGGGCCCUGUUAACUGCACCACCCACAACAUAGUCAACCCCCAGAACCUCAAGCUCCAGCAGUCUUCUACCCAGCAGCCUCCUUUACGAGAUGCGGCACAAAAACACCACAUUGAGAAGAGGGAAGCGCACAAGGGCGAGCUGUCUCAGCUGACCAAUUUGUCUUGCUCCAGUGUGGAUUGCUGGACUCUAAAGUGUAACGUUGGCCUGCUGGAGAGAGGGACUAGUGCCAUACUGCAUGUUCGCUCACGGAUCUGGGCAGAAACAUUCAUGGAGAAUCCUUAUAAAAACUUUAUUCUGGAGUGCCUUGCUAGUUACAAAGUGGAAAAGAUGCCAUAUGCCAUUUUGCCAAAAGUGACUCCUAGUGGUGCUAAAAAGAUGGUCACUCCUGUGGUCUGGAAUAAGCCAGACAGUACGUAUGCUGUUCCUCUGUGGAUCAUCAUUCUGGCUAUUCUAGCCGGUCUUCUGCUGCUCGCACUGCUGAUCUACGUCCUCUACAAGCUCGGCUUCUUCAAGAGAACUCCGUACGGCACGGCCAUGGAAAAAGCCCAGCUCAAACCUCAGGCUGCAUCCGAGGCCUAAACUACACAAGAGCACUCAGAAAACACGUCCCGAAGAAUGUUCUUAACCGGAGGCCAUCCAAAGAGAGGUUACUUGCUGUUUAAAAA